AUGAGCAAUAGUAGCCUGGGAUCCUGGUCCACGUUGGAAGCUUCAGGGGAAGAUAUUGGAGCAGAAAAUGGAACUGACCUCCUAACCCCCCAGGAUGGUUUUUAUUAUAAAUUAUCACCAUUUCAUAUAGCACACAUUCUUAUCUCCAUUUCCAUUUUACUUAUUAGCAUUUUUGGACUUGUGGGGAAUGGAACUGUCAUCUGGUUUCUUGGCUUUUGCAUGAAGAGGAAUCCUUUCACCACCUUCAUCCUCCAUCUGGCUGCUGCUGACCUUGGGACACUCAUAUGCUUAUUUAUUAUGUCCAUUAUAUAUCUUCUUUCGUUAUUUCCACCAUUGCCUUCGUUUGAUGACCAUUUGAAUGCAACGUGGGGCAUGUUUCCUUAUUUGUUCAUGUACAACACUGGAAGAUCCAUACAAGAAAUAGCUCAAAAGCAGAGAUUAAGCAAAAUGAGCAAUGGUAACCUGGGAUCCUGGUCCACUUCAGGAGCAGAAAACAGAACUGACCUCCUAACCCCCCAGGGUGGUUUGUAUCAUGAAUUACCAACAUAUCAUAUAGCAGACAUUUUCAUCUCUGCCUUCAUUUUACUUAUUAGCAUUUUUGGACUUUUGGGGAAUGCAACUGUCAUCUGGUUUCUUGGCUUUUGCAUGAAGAGGAAUCCCUUCACCACUUUCAUCCUCCAUCUGGCAGUCGCUGACCUUGGGACACUCAUAUGCUUAUUUACUUUUCCCAUUAUAAAUCUUCUGAAGUCAUUUUUAUUCUUACCUAUCUAUGAUUAUUAUUUGUUUAUAUCAUUAGGCAUCUUUCCUUUUUUGUUCAUGUACAACACUGGUCAAUAUCUGUUGACAGCCAUUAGCAUGGACAGGUGUGUUUCUGUCCUCUUCCCCCUUUGGCAUCGAUGCGAAAGACCACCACACUUUUCCACCCUUGUGUGUGCCUUCAUAUGGAACAUUUCUUUCCUGCUCACUGUAAACUGCUGGAUUCCUCCUAAUAUUCUGCUUAUCAAGAAUUCCAUUUUCUACCAGCUUCUAAUGAAUGCUAUACUUUGUAUCCCACUCAUGACUAUUUCCACUCUGAUCCUGUUGAUAAAAGUUUACUUUAUAUCACAACAGAGGAAGAAGGGAAAAGCUGUAACAGCCAUCCUACUUGCCCUCCUCUUCUUCCUCUUCUUAGCUUUCCCAUAUACCUGCAUUUCAUUAAUCCAUUUGUCCCGUAAUGAUCAAGACAAUUCUGAAGCACUUCUUGGGGUCUUAUGCAGCUGCCUAAACAGCAGUUUUAACCCACUGAUUUAUUUCCUGGUCGGAAGAAAGAAACACAGUCGGUCAAGGGAGAGCUUGAAGGUCAUAUUCCAGAGGGUUUUCAAGGAGGAGGAACAUGGAAGAGAGCAACUAGAACUCCGGGUCAGCCAACAAAUAUGA